AUGACCAUGAAAAACCAUAGUGCUGUCAAUGAGUUCGUUCUCCUUGGACUAUCUAUUGACCCACAUAUUCAGGCUGUACUCUUUGUGAUGUUCCUUCUGAUUUACCUCCUCACUCUGAUGGGAAAUUUCUUGAUGCUGCUGAUGAUAUGGGCUGAUUUUCACCUCCACACACCCAUGUACUUCUUUUUGAGACAGCUCUCCUUUCUGGAUCUCUGCCAUUCAUCUGUCACAGUCCCCAAGAUGCUGGAAAAUCUACUUUCUGAAAGUAAAACCAUCUUUGUAGAGAGCUGCCUGGCUCAGGCCUUCUUUGUGUUUACCACCGGGGGCACUGAAGCCUGUCUGCUGGCUGUGAUGGCCUAUGACCGCUACGUAGCCAUCAGCUCCCCUCUGCUUUACGGCCAGGUGAUGAACAACCAGCUCUGUGUUGGGCUGGUAUGGGGCUCCUGGGGCCUGGCCUUUGUGGAUGCUCUCAUCAACAUCCUCCUGGCUGUCAAUUUAGACUACUGUGAGGACCAAACUAUUCCCCACUUCAGCUGCGAGCUGUCUUCUCUCUUCCCUCUGUCUUGCUCUGAUACCUCCACCAACUUCACGCUCCUGCUUUGCUCUUCUGUCUUGCAUUUUUUUGGAACCUUUGUGAUGAUUGCUUCUUCCUAUGCCCGUAUUGUCUCCAUUGUCCUAAGCAUCAGCUCCACUUCGGGCAGAAGUAAGGCCUUCUCUACCUGCUCCUCCCACCUCACUACUGUGAUCUUGUUUUAUGGCUCAGGUUUCCUCAGCUAUCUGUUGCCAACCUCAGGUUCUGCCCUGGAGAUGAUCUUCUCCUUGCAAUACAGUGUGAUCACUCCCAUGCUGAAUCCUCUCAUCUAUAGCCUGCAGAACAAGGAGGUGAAGGCAGCUAUGGGAAGAGUGUUUAGAAAAUACUUUCAUUCUCUUUUGUAG